ACUAGAACACCAAGCCCUAUACAUAUAACAAAGGCUCCCAGGCAGACCUGAAGCAGAAUAGCCCAAGUCCACGUGUCAGGGACCAUUGUAUUUCUGCAUCUGAACAGAUGAUUGCAUAGCAAGCUGAAGAAAACAAAAGGAAUUAUUCUUUGAGUCUGUGGACAACGUUGUGACCCAAAGCUGCAGAAGGAAGCAUAUAUACAAAUUAUUUUAUCCAAAUACUUUUAUCAUACAGAGGUCUUAUGAGAACAAGUUAAUGAAGGAUCUGUCAUAAUGACUUUGACACAAAUGGAUAUUAUAGAGACUGCAAAGAUAGAAGAACCAAUAAGUCAGAAUCAUGAUACACCAAAUGGAUUCCCAAGAUCAGUUUCUUCAAACAGUGAAGAUGACAAAAAUAUCAAGAACAAGUCAAAGGGUCUUUCCAAUGGCUUGCGAAAAGGUGCCAAGAAGUACCCGGACUAUAUUCAGAUAUCUAUGCCAGCAGACGCUAAGAACAAAUUUCCAUUGGAAUGGUGGAAAACUGGCAUUGCAUUUGUGUACGCUUUGUUUAAUAUGAUACUAACGACUGUCAUGAUCACUGUGGUACAUGAACGAGUGCCUCCAAAGGAGGUGAGCCCUCCGCUACCAGACAAAUUUUUUGACUACAUAGAUCGUGUAACAUGGGCCUUUUCUGUAUCAGAAAUAAAUGGGAUGGUUCUAGUUGGAAUUUGGUUAAUCCAAUGGCUGUUCCUUAGAUAUAAAUCAAUAGUGGGUCGAAGAUAUUUUUUUAUUAUUGGGACUUUGUACCUGUACAGAUGUAUUACAAUGUAUGUUACAACACUACCAGUGCCUGGAAUGCAUUUCCAAUGCGCCCCAAAGCUGAAUGGAGAUUCUUAUGCUAAAGCACAGAGGGUCCUUAGAUUGAUAUCAGGAGGUGGCUUGACUAUUACAGGAUCCCACAUCUUGUGCGGAGACUUCCUCUACAGUGGUCAUACGGUCAUACUCACUCUUACUUAUUUAUUCAUCAAAGAAUAUUCACCUCGUCACUUUUGGUGGUACCAUUUAAUCUGUUGGCUACUGAGCGCCGCAGGAGUAAUCUGUAUUUUGGUAGCACAUGAACACUACACGGUGGAUGUCAUUAUCGCCUACUUUAUCACAACCAGGCUGUUUUGGUGGUAUCAUGCCAUGGCCAAUGAAAAGUGCUUAAAGAAUUCCUCACAGACAAAUGUACUCUCCCGGACAUGGUGGUUUCCCGUCUUCCUCUUCUUUGAGAAGAACGUUCAAGCAUGUGUUCCAUGUUGUUUUUCCUGGCCUAUCUCAUGGCCACCCAGCUGUUUCAAAUCUUCGUGUAAAAAGUAUUCAAGGGUUCAAAAGACAGGUGAAGACAAUGAAAAAACCACCUGAAUUCUCUUCUGGAGAACGCUUUAUCAAACAGAAACUUGAACUCUCUAACCAAAGGAGUAUUUUUAGUUUAAAACAAUAAAUAAUGAAGUGGA